UGUCGAUCCCUUCUCCCACCCAAUGAAAGAAUGAAGAUUCACUUCAUUAUUAGAUCCAGUUCGAGAAAAUGAAGACCGGGGAAACAGCAGCCUCUUCUUCACAUCGCCUUCCCUCCUUCCUUCAGUAUCCCUCUUUCCUUUUCUUACUGUUCCUUGCCUCCAAUUACCCUCCACUGCAUUCUCAGCUCAAUAUCUCCUCAUCAAUUGCUUCUCUCUCAGCGUCCAAUUGCUACUGCCAUCCAGAUAUCUACCGUCAAAGCAGCUUCUACCUUGACUUCUUCUCGGCAGCAGAUUCACAUUCGACCAUCCCAUUCCUCAUUCCUUGUUCUCGCAUCUCAGAUGGAGGAGCGUCCGAACCCAGGUACACUAUCCGUACCGACACCAGACUGUGAACAAGCUAUCAACACCGCUGCUGAACCAGGUCUUUCCGCAAUGGAUAGGACAUCUGGGAAAACAUCAACGCUCUCGGCAAAGCAGCCUCAAGGCGAUACUUUCAACCACAUCACAUUUUACAUGGACAACAGCCCUCAGGAGAACUCUCUGCCAAUGAAUAGCGAACUUGCUGGCGGGGAUGAUGUCGAUGAACAAGAAGAUAAAGAUGAACACCAAGAUAACGCUGUUCCCAUGGAGCCAAGCAGCAG